GAGGGAUGUUAGAAAGCCUGUGGAAUGGCGAGCUCCCAUUGGCCGCUGCUCGCCUGUAUAAAGAGCCGCAGUGGCAAAUUCAAUCAGAUCAACUGCGGGCAUCCUCCGAGAAGCAGGCACGCAGACACGAGGACACUCAACACUGGGACCAUUUCUGGGCUAUUCACCGCUACUUGCUUUUCAUACAUUCGCCGCAGAAUAAAUAUACCGGACCACACGUAAAACCAUGAAGGAAAGGAGAAAUACGCAACCGCUGGUGGUGAGAUGUAAACUGGUUCUUGUGGGAGACGUUCAAUGCGGAAAAACGGCGAUGUUGCAAGUCCUGGCGAAGGAUUGUUAUCCAGAGACCUACGUGCCCACGGUAUUUGAAAACUACACAGCCUGUCUGGAGCUGGAGGAGCAGCGAGUGGAGCUCAGUCUGUGGGACACUUCAGGUUCUCCGUACUACGAUAACGUGAGGCCCCUGUGCUACAGCGACUCGGAUGCAGUUUUGCUGUGUUUUGACAUCAGCCGCCCGGACACUGUGGACAGCAGCCUGAAGAAGUGGAAAACUGAAAUCCUGGACUUCUGUCCGAGCACGCGCAUCCUGCUCAUUGGCUGUAAGACGGACCUCCGCACGGAUGUCUGCACACUGAUGGAGCUGUCCAAUCAGAAGCAGACUCCCAUCGCCUAUGAGCAGGGCUCUGCCAUGGCCAAACAGCUGGGGGCGGAGGCUUAUCUGGAGUGCUCCGCGUUCACCUCUGAGAAGAGCAUCCACAGCGUGUUCCGCACCGCAGCGAUGGCCUGCAUCAACAAGCUGCAGCCUCUCCCGAAGCCCAGCCCCACCCGCCGCCUCUCCAAAAGACUCCUCCACCUGCCCAGCAAGUCAGACUUGCUGUCCUCCACCUUCAAGAAGGAGAAGGCCAAGAGCUGCUCGGUCAUGUGAGUUGAGACCUCCCGGGUUACAGUCCUCACAUGCAACCCCCAACCCCCUGCCUCUUUGGUCUCGGGGAAGGGGGGGUGGGCACGAUGGCUUUAUCAGGAUUACCUGCUGAAUCCUUCCCUCACCCCCCCAGAAACCAAACACCCCUCAGAAGAGGUGGACACCCCGCUGUCCACUUGCUCCUGAACCUUUCAGCGCACAUCCAUCCUUUUCCACUGUUUAUCUUGCUUUUGGACAAACAAUACCAGUCAAGGUUUGAUCAUCGAGCUAUCAUUUCUUCACCUGUAAACAGUAUGCAACUACAAUGGUGUUACAUCCGUCUGAUUUUACUAUCUAUAGGCACAUGUUGAUUUUCGUCCAAAAUGGAAAUGUGCAACGUGUGACGUUUAAUCUUGUGAUGUAAAUGCCUCUCGGACAAUUCAAUGGAUAUUUUUCUAAACACAAAAAGUAAACCUAGCAUGAAACCGACAGGACUUAGCGACAUCCUGUACAUCCCUAGUGAGGUGUGUGAGGUGUGAACUAGUGUGUCACUGGUUUCCCCCUUUAGUGAGAGUACAGAGAUGUACAGGAAGUAGUGGGGCUAACCUCGCUGAGUGCCGUUACAUCGAGAGCUGUUCUUAUCAUCUCAGCUGUGAUGAGAGAAGGGAUAAGAGCUGUGAGUGCAGGCUGCUGUGUAGACAACAGUCUAGACUAUAUCAACCUGCGUGGAUAGUUUAUGCAUGGUUGUGUAGCUCUGGACGGUACUACUCCGCAGGCCAUCAGCGGACGAAGCGGAGGAGGCUGCAGAGGCUUUGUGUGUAUACAAAAUGACUGCAGAGUCGAGGGCACAAAAUAUAAAUGGAAGCUUAGCUGGUUUUUACAGUGUCUCUGCUGUCACUGCUGGAGCUCUAGUGAUAGUAGAGGCACACAGAAAGAUGCCUUUUUCUCACGACCGGGGAACAUUUACGCAAACAGGCCGACGUCGAGCUUGCCGUGCGUCAUUUUCGUCGACGCUGUGGCUCAAUCUCGACGCCGGUCAAAGUGUUAGGGAGGCGCGUUCAAAAAAAGGAUAAGUCGUCCCCUGCCUGAGUCGGGCCGAUCUGAUUCGUGCUUUCAAAUAUUCUUCGGAAAAAAAACAAUUGUAGCAUUGCGUUGUUGACGGCCUUUCAGCAAUUCUCAAACGGUAUGCAUUUUCGGAAAAAAAAAAAAAAUUGCCUUUCAUAUCAUGUUCCCGGAAGUCAUUGAGAUUUUUGAACACUUGCAAUAUGCCUGUGGUUUUCUCACGUUCGCAUCAAAUCCAAUGUAGCACCACUGACCUGACUCUAUUCUUCCAGCACGCACACACACACUCACACACACACACACACACACAUUAAUCUAUUGACCUCCAAUACGCAGCACUUACUGUAGGCUACAGCAACUACGGAGCGGAAACUGGAUGCUUCUCUGAGCUUAAAUCUUUGGCUUCAUGGUUAUGUGUGUGUGCAGCAUUGAUCUCUGUGCUUCUAACCAUAAAGCAAUAAUGAUUUAAGUGCUUGUGGCGCAAGGCAACCUGUACGGCAAUAACAACGCAGCUUUGUGAUUACCGUCAUGCUAUAAGUGCUCCACGGGCCGACGUGUUGUAGACCGAGACCUUCUCUGCUGUACAAAAUAAGGCUGCUGAUCUGUGUUCGCCCCCUUCCCUCUGUGUAAGUAGCCACCGGCAUAUAGAAUAACUAAUGGCAAUGCUGUGCUAUGAAAGAGAUCAAGACUGUGGGAAUAAGAAGACACAAUGCCGUUUGAGCUGGAAAUGCUAGACUUUGCAUAAUCGUAAUGAAGAGUUUUAAGGUGAGUCGACAAGGCACACUUUAAAAAUUAGAGUAAAAUGUUGCAACAGUUAAUUGAUCAAGGGCUAGUGUGUGGAACAAAAUAAAACAAAAAAAAAGAAAGAAAAUGGCCUGGGACGCAGGAGAAGAAGUAAUCAAAAUGCACAGGCUGGCCCUGUCCAAAGAAAGCUAUUUUUUCAUUCUUUUUUUUUUCUCGCGUGAGUGUAUUUUUGUGUAUUUAAUAGCAUGAUGUGAACCUCCCCAGUCCCCCACCCCCGCCGUUUGGAAAUAUCUUCCUGAAAUGGUUGUUGUGUCUUCAUGGAGCUGUGGACUGCCCCCGUUAGUCGGAGGAACUUAAAGUGGUGAUUUGCACAAAGGCUUCCAGUUCAUGGUCACACACCAAAUUCCUCAGCAUUGCCUAGCAACAAUUCAGCGCGCACAGAGAGAGAGAGAGAGAGAGAGAGAGAGAGAGAGAGAGUGUGGGUCUUUAGUUGGUUGCGUGGACAGAUAGGCUUAGCUUGCAAGCAGACAUCCCCGCGUCCAUUAUUACGGCAUCGUUUGUGCAUUUAUUGCUCGUUAACAAAAAAAUAGCAUUUCUUGAUAUUUUUCUUUCGGGUUCGGAGGUGAUGCCGAAAGGGCCUUCGGAAGAUGGGUUACAGUGAUCAUGUCAGUUAAUAUGCAGCCUUUGUGUUGUAGUCAGUGCGUGGUAAAGUGGUGCAGUCAAACUCCUAAGCAUGUCCUAUUAAAGUUGUAUGAUUGUACAUACCGUCUCUUGUUUUAUAGUCAUUGUAAAGGCAUCUUCAAGGAUGUCACAUGGAAAUAUUGUUGCUGAUGUGAAUAUUUAUUUGGUAGCUAUCUUUGCCUUUGUUUUUUUUUUGUUUUUUUUGUUGUUUUUGAUUGACAUGAACAUUUCUUUAAAGUCUAUUUUGGAAUUUUUUCUUUUCUUUUCUUUUUUUUGGGUUAUUGCUGUGUUAAAUAAAGCUUGCCCUGUCCGGCACCAUGAA